GAUCUCUAUUAUUAUAUUCCUGGCGUAUUUUUAGAAGGUCACUUAUUAUGAAUGUAUUUAAAUAUCAUAUAUGUCUUCACAUUAUAUUGUUACUCAAACGCCUCUAUAGGUUAAGAAAGGGAACAUUAGUUGGGAUUUUGUCACUCACUUGUAAAGACCUGAAAUGUGGCUGAUAAUAUUUUUUUUAACUUUUACAUUCAUAAUCAAGCAAACUAUGGAAAGACCGUCUAGUUUUCCACCAGGGCCACCAAUAUUCCCAGUAGUUGGUAACGUUUUAUCGGUGUGGUUUAAUUUAAAAAGGUUAAAAUAUCAUCAUUGUGUUUGGAAAAACUGGUCGAAAAGGUAUGGUAGUUUACUUGGCUUGAAGCUUGGUUUUGUGGAUGUUGUAAUUGUUUUCGGAAAGAAAUAUAUAAAAGAAGUUUCUACAAGAGAUGUUUUUGACGGUCGACCAGAUGGAUACUUUUACACCAUGAGAUCAUUUGGAAAGAAACUGGGCAUCGUGUUUUCCGAUGGUACCAUUUGGACUAAAACAAGACGUGCUGUACUAAGAUGUCUCAAGAACUUUGGCUACGGCUCACGAUCUAUGGAAAAUAACAUAAGCGAGGAAAGCAAAGCACUCGUCGAACUUCGAAUGACUGACGUGGGGAAACCGAUUGUAGUUAAUCACAUGUUUGACGUCGCUAUUGUUAAUAUUUUGUGGAAGCUUGUCGCAGGCACUAGAUAUGAUUUAAGAGAUGCACGCCUAAUAACCCUGUGUAAUCUUAUAACGCAAUCUUUCCAAGUCGUCGACAUGAGCGGUGGAAUUUUAAACUUUUUGCCCUUUCUAAGACAUAUUUUCCCAAACUUAAUUGGUUACACACAAUUAACAGCAAUCCACAACAAUAUUUACAAAUUUGUAAAGGACACAAUUACCGAUCAUCGGAGAACGUUAGAUGUCAAUAAGCCGAGAGACCUUAUCGAUGCUUUUCUUAUUGGAAUGAUGGAAGAUAAGGAAGAAUUAGUCACAGACGAAGAGCUGCAAGUGAUAUGUCGUGAUUUGCUCGAAGCUGGUGUGGAAACUGUAAGCAAUACGGCUGUAUUUAUGUUACUCCAUCUUGUACGAAACCAGGAUAUCCAAAAACGACUACAAGCAGAAAUCGAUACUGAAAUCGAAUCGUCUCGCUUUCCCGCCCUCAGUGAUCGAUCCAGGAUGGUUUAUACAGAAGCGGUGAUUUUGGAGACUUUACGAAUAUCUAGCGUAGCAGCAGUCGGCAUCCCCCACAUGGCCCGUGAAGAUGCGCGCCUCGGAGAUUAUGUUAUACCUAAGGGAACAUUUUUGUUGCUGGCAAUACACGAUCUUCAUAACGGAGCUCAUUGGAAAAACCCACAUGAAUUUAAGCCAGAGCGUUUCAUUACCAAAGAGGGUAAUUUAAUACAAAGCGAAAUGCUAAUGCCGUUUGGCACAGGUAAAAGGCGCUGUAUUGGUGAAGGGUUAGCUAGAUCCGAGCUUUUUAUGUUUCUAACUCAUCUCUUACAAAGGUUUAACCUGAAGAUACCCAAAGGAGAUCCUUUUCCUACGACAGAGCCGGUAGAUGGUGUCACUUUAUCAGCUAAAGAAUUUAGAAUCAUCUUUGAACCGAGGCGUCUAUUUUCGAAAAUGAAGCUUUAACAUGAACUUGAUGAAAUUACCAUAAUCUUUCAGUAUUAUUAUAUUUAUUGUAAGUACUUAGUUAUUUUAGAAUGAAAAUAUAAAUGAGAAUCUGGAAUGUCUAUAUAAAAUAUUAUGACGAACCUAUAUCAAGCAUAUUUACUGAAGCAGUAGGAAUAGUAUUUAAGUAAUCUUAAAGCUUUUAGCUUUGCGAUUAACAUGUUAAUUUGUCGACCUUUUAUAUUAUUCAAAUUUAUUUUUAAUGUUUAUAUUAACUAAUGCAAUAUACCCAAGUUAAUUGUGACAAUAGCUGAUAACAGGUUACUUAAAUGUGCAAUCGAUGUGUUUUUAAUUAAUGAAUUGAUGAAAACGUCGACACCAAAAUUGUAUUCCAAUUGAAGAAUAAAUCUGAUA